CAUCCCGCCUCGCGUUUCCCCCCACCUGCCUCGAUUGCCCCCGCAGGUUGCAGCCAUGGAGGAGAUGACGAUCUGGGAGCAGCACACGGUGACGCUGAGCAAGGACCCCCAGCGGGGCUUCGGCUUCGCUGUCUCCGGAGGCCGGGACCGUCCCAGCAAGACGACGGGGGACACGGCCGUGUUCGUUUCGGAUGUGGUGGCAGGGGGACCGGCGGCCGGGCGGCUCCAGUUGAAAGACCACAUCGUGAUGGUGAACGGCCUUUCCAUGGAGAACGUCRCCUCCUCUUUCGCUAUCCAGACACUUAAGACCUGCGGCAAAGUCGCCAACAUCACACUCAAGAGGCCCAGGAAGGUUCAGCUGCCCGUGAGCAGGAGCAGCGAGGCCCCGCAGGGCAGCUCGGACGAGGAGCACGACGAGGACCACGGCGCCGGGGUGGCCCCGCGCGCCUCCCGGGAUGACCUGCGCCACAGCCAGGGCUAUGACGGGGACUCCUCCAGCGAGAGGAGCUCCGGGAACCACCGGCACGACCGGCGCCCCCAGAAAGCCACGUCGCGGAGCCGGCAGCGAGGCCAGGACGGCAGCCAUUGGAGGCAGAGCCCGGACAGCGGCUCCGAGCGUGGGGGCUCCCGCCGGCACCGCUCCACGAAUGGCAUCGGCCACGACGGGGACACCAACGGGCUGGCCCUGGUGUCCGGCUUCAAGCGGCUGCCGCACCGGGARGUGCUCACGAAGCCCGUCACGUCGGUGCUGGUGAAGCGGAGGCAGAGCGAGGAGUACGGCCUGAAGCUGGGCAGCCAGCUCUUCAUCAAGCGCAUCGCCGAGAACGGGCUGGCGGCCGAGCGGGGCUGCCUGCGCGAGGGAGAYCUCAUCCUGAAGAUCAACGGGGUGGCCAGUGAGAACAUGUCCCUGGCUGAUACCCAGCAACUCAUUGAGCGCACGGAGGGGAUCCUAACCCUGCUUGUCCUCCGGGACGACCGGCAGUUCCUGGUCAACAUUCCCGACCUGGCAGACACCCACAGCAGCAGCUCCCACAUGGAUGACAUCUCUGACAUCGGCUCUGAACUGUCCCAUCCACCAUCCCCUGUGAGCUCCCCACCACCUGCAGCUGCCGCCAGGAUGAAUUCACCGCGAGAAAGGCGAUGGACAAAAAGGGAUCCUGUGGCUGACACGAACGCGGAUGAUGCUCCAGACCCUCACUUGCUGGACGCUGUGGAGGAGGACGGUCCCCAGGGCCACUACGCCAGCCCCGCCGCCCGAGCUGCCAGCGGGGAAGGGUACAGCCCCGACACCAGGCUCGUGAGCUUCGUGAAGGCCAAGAGCAUCGGGCUGCGGCUGGCUGGUGGCAACGACGUGGGCAUCUUUGUGUCGGGCGUGCAGGAGGGCAGCCCCGCGGACAGCCAGGGCGUCCAGGAAGGGGACCAGAUCCUGCAGGUGAACGACACGCGUUUCCAGAACCUGACGCGCGAGGAGGCUGUGCAGUACCUCCUGAGCCUGCCCCCGGGCGAGGAGGUCACGCUGCGAACCCAGAGGAAGCAGGACAUUUACAGGAAGAUGAUCUCCUCCAACGUGGGUGACUCGUUCUACAUCCGGACACACUUUGACUUCGAGAAGGACACUCCAUCAGGGCUCAGCUUCGUGCGCGGCGAUGUCUUCCACGUGCUGGACACCAUGUACCGUGGCAAGCUGGGCAGCUGGCUGGCUGUGCGCAUGGGCAGGGACCUGCAGGAGCUGGACAAGGGCAUCAUCCCCAACCAGAGCAGGGCCGAGCAGAUUGCCAGCCUGGAAUCCGUGCUGAAAGCCACGUCUGGUGCCAAUCCCUCCGGAGCACGCGCUGAGUUUUGGAGGCUGCGGGGUCUGCGAGGAGCCAAGAAGAUGCUGCAGAAGAGCCGGGAGGACCUGUCUGCCCUCACAAAGCAGGGCCGCUACCCGCCCUAUGAGAGGGUGGUCAUGAAGGAAGCCAGUUUCAAGCGGCCCGUGGUGAUUCUGGGCCCCAUCACAGACAUUGCCAUGCAGAAGCUGAKCACGGAGUCCCCGCAGCUAUUUGAGAUUGCUCCGAGCGUGCCCCGCAACGGGGCAUCGUCCAAGGUCAUCAAGCUGGACUCGGUGCGGCUGAUUGCGGAAAAGGACAAGCACGCGCUGCUGGACAUCACGCCGUCGGCCGUGGAGCGCCUCAAUUACGUGCAGUAUUACCCCGUGGUGGUGUUCUGCGAGCCCGAGAGYCGCCAGGGCAUCAAGGCCAUGCGCCAGUGGCUGGCGCCCGACUCCAAGAAGAGCUCGCGGCGCCUCUACGCGCAGGCCAGCAGGAUGAGGAAGCACUGCAGCCACCUCUUCACCGCCACCAUCGCCCUCCRCGGCAGCGGCAACGCCUGGUACCAGGAGCUCAAGGACAUCAUCAAGACGCAGCAGAACCAGCCCAUAUGGACGGCGGAGGAGCAGGUGGACGUGGGGGCGGAGGAGAGCCUGGACAUGCUGAACGCGGCGAGUGCAGCCACCUCCGGCUACCUGACCUGCGACAGCCGCCCCACCAGCGACUAYGACGACACGGACGGCGAGACAGGGCCCUACACUGAUGGCGAGGCAGAGGAUGACUACGACCAGCCAGCGCUAGCCCGCUCCUCCGAGCCAGCAGAGCCCUUCCAAGGAAACAUCCUGAUGGAGGAGGCGCAUCUCCCUGCACCGCUGAUGGAGCAGCAGCCACAGGGUAUACGGAGACAGCACUAYGACAGCAUCAGGGAAUACGAGCGUGAUGCCGUCAGGAAGAGGUUCACGCGGGCCCGGGACGACUCGGACCAGGACGACGGCUACGAGUGGGGCCCAGCUACAGACGUGUAGCAGGGCAGGCCAAGCGCCUCCGUGCA